AUGCUAAGGAACUCGCUCCUGGCAAGAGGGCGCAAUGUUUUGCCAGACUGCGCUGCAGAGCCAAAUCAUAGUGAGGAGGACUCCGACAACGACUCUUCGAGCACGGAGGUUGAUGCUCUCCGCGCCGCUUGGGCGGCAGGCUAUGUAACUCCUGGCUUCUGGUCUCCGGCUCUGCGAGAGGCCGAGCAGCGCGCACGAGCCAAGGACGCCUCCUUCAGCCCGGAGGACAUCGCCAGUGCCGCGCUCCUGGCUGCGAGGAUCCUUGCUCAUCUCAAGGCAGCUAAGAGACAAGAGCCGUCCGCUUUGGCGGCGCCGGCAGCAGCGCUCCUCUCGUCCGCCUGCGACCUUGCACUGCACAGGGUCUCCGAGCUGGGCCCGCGGGAGCUUGGGGUGCUGGUGACGGCUCUCGCGAAGGCCGGCGUGGACGAUGGCCGGCUCUUUGCCGCCCUGUCCCACCAGACCCAGCAGCUCACUGCGCGGGGUGCAGAGUUUAACCAUCUGGAUCUCUGCCAGCUGCUGGCAGCGCUGGCUCAUUUCGGAUAUCGCGAUGAGAUGCUCUUGCAAGGCUUGACCUCGAAGGUCGAACUGGCUUUCAGCACUUACAGUGCAAAGUCGCGAGACAUCGUCCUUUCGUCCCUUUCCGAGCUCGACUUUGCAUGCGCGGAGCACCCACUUCUCAGCGAGGCGUUAAAGGAGCACGAGCUGACCCGUGGGCGCACCACGGAGCGGACGCAAGAGCACAUGCUGGCCACCGAGAUCUACCCGAUUGAUGCGCGUGUGGAUCAAAAUUGA